AGAUUAGGUUGGCACGACUGACGCGCGACCGUUUUAGACCCCCAACCGCCUUUCCAACCGCUUUCAUCGAGCGUUUUAAUUAACUCCGAGCCGCUGCUCGGAGGUCCGUGAUUUUAUUGUUUGAUCGGGCGAGGCAGGCGAUACCGCAUCACAGGUGAGAGCCACCAGACAGCUGGCAGCAGGGAGCAGCCAGCGCGGAGGCGUCAAAUUUGAAAUGUAGCGGGUGACAAGCGCCGACGAGCGUGUCAACGGACGAAUAGAUUGUUUUGCGCCCUUGAUGCACGUCGACCCGCGAGCUCCGUCGAGAUGAGCGCGACGCAGGACGAGGACGAGCGUAGAAAACGCUCGCUGGAGGCCGGCAGGGAGAUGUUGGACAAGUAUAAGGCGAAACGGUCGAGCAGAGACCAGGGCGGAAGCAUGGAGCCCGCGGAGCAGUCCGACGACGAGUCGUUGCACAACGAGAAGUCCGUGAUGCACAAGGAAUCCGGUGUAACCGAAGGCAUAUCGUCGAGGGACAUAACGCACAGCAGCGUCAGUAUAAGCGAGGGAGAGGCCGACGCUGAUCUGGAGGGGCUGGCGGGACGAGUCGCCGAACUCGAGGAGUUGUUGCACGGAAAGGAAGCUAUAGUUGGGGCCUUAAACGCAGAGAUUGAUCAUUUACGGGCCGAGACCUGCUCCCCGAACUCGUCGCAAAGCCAGGGCAGCAGUAUACAUGGAAGAGACAUCAUAUCUUUGUAUCAUACAAAAUUGCAGGAGUUUGAAAAGGCGGUUAUUCAACGCGACAACCUGAUCGAGCACUUGACGUCGUCCCUGGAGCAAGCGUUGUCCGCCAGAGACACUGUAACGGCGCAGCUCAAUGCCUUGAACUCGAUGCAGCUCAACAAUCCUGUGAUAAACAAUAUGAACUUGCAGCAAAAGAUCGAGGUUCUGGAAAAGGCGAUGAACGAUCAGGAAUCGUUGAUCCGUCGAUUGAACGCGCAUCUGACGGAAAUUCGUAAGCACGUGCAGACAUUGGAGAUGGAGAAGGAUACGCAAAACGCGGAAAUCAAUGAUUACAAAAUGCAGAUAAACAAUCUAAACGAGCAGAUUCGCCUGGGCGCCGCAGAGAAGAAUCUGGAUAUCGACCAGACGUUGGAGCAACAGAAACAGUACGAGGCGCGGGUUGAUAAGAUCAAACAGGACAUGCAGCAUAUCUUGCAUAAGCUUACCAGUGAGACUAACGCCAAUGCUAUACGCCACCAGCAAGAGCUAAAGGAGUUGACUGCGAAGAACGCGGCUGAAAUUACGAAUAUAAAGGCCAAGCACGAAGAAUGUAUGAAAGUGCAGAGGUACGAAAACAAAAUGUUGGCCGAUCGUUUGAACAAGGAAUUGCCGGACCUGGAGAGCAGGCACGCCAAGGAGUUGUCCGUCUUUCAGACGCAGCUGGCGCACUACAAGAGAACCGUUCAGGCGUUGAAGCUCGAAUUGGAGAGUCACGCCGAGUCGCAGAAGGAAGUUCAGCUGUACAAGAUGAAACUCGACGAAGUGAGAUUUGAGGCAGAGAACGAACGGCACAUGCAGAGUCUGCACUUUCAGAAGGAGAAGGAGCUGCUGAACGAACAGAUCAGACUGCACAAGAUUCAGCUGGAGGAGAUCACCUCGAAGCAUAUCGCGUCGAUGAGUAUCCUGGAGUCUAAGGAGAGCAUCGAGCGAUCGCUGGAGCAGGCUUUGUCGAAUGCCGCUGCGCUCAAGCAGGAGAACGACACGCUGAAAUUCAAGCUGGACGAUCUGUCGUGCAGGUACUCCGCGGCGCAGUCGAUCAUCGAGUGCAGCCACGACAGAACCUUGAGCGGUAAGCUGUACGAGAUGGAGAAGUCCUCGUCGCGAUUUGACGCUACGAGCGUAAGCACGGUCAGUGAACUAGGGGAGACCAUGUACAAGACUUUCGACGAGGAAGCUAUUCAGCAGCAGCUGACGAAGCGAAAGCUCGAGGAGAAGAUGGAAAUGGAAAAGCUGUUAGUCGAAAAGGUUCGCGUUCUCGAGGCGGAUCUGACCAAAGCGCAUAACGAACUGGAACAGGCUGACGCUGCAAAGAAGACGUACGAGAAGCAGCUGAAGGACACGAGGAAUACGUGCGACAAGCUGCAGCAAGAAGUCAAUUCGUUGAGGGAAUUUAAUCGUGGCACGUCUCGCGGUGCCUCCGCCCAGGGAUCUGCCGAAAGCGCUCUGGCAAACGUUGAGAGCGACUCAGCUCGGCGAAUAGAGGACCAACAGCGGGAAAUAGAGAGUCUGAAACUGCGAAUGGAGGAGAAGGAAACGGAGAACGCGCGGUAUAAGAAGGAUUUGGCUGAGAUAACGGAAAAGUCGAGGAUGGCGGAGACGCAGUGCGAGCAAUUGAGGGACGGUUUGGCCCACGCGUGGGCGCAGUGCGCCGAAUUUGAGGAAAAAUUGAACCAGACCCUGAUGAGCGACAGCAGUAAAAUUAUCUCCCCGAACAACAGCACAAUUUCAUCCAAGCACCGUAACAAAGGGAAUCAGAGUUUGGACGACAGUAUGCUGAGCCCAAACGUAGCAGGUCAGAAGAGAGUUUCGGAACUGAAUGUCGCCGGCACGUUAACGGACAGUUAUCUGAAAGAGAACGAGAAUCUGUAUAAGGAGCUGCAACAAAUCCUAGAGGGUGAAUCAAGUUUGGACGAGGUUAAAGUAAAAUUAUCACGCUUUUACGCUCUAUGCGAGAAAGUAGUCGCCGAUAAGAAGCGAUCCUCGGCGGAGGAUGCGACUUCGCAAAAACAGCAGGACGACGAAGACUCGAUGCAAAGAUCCUUGGAGAACCUGCGGGCGGAGAAGGAGUCGCUGAGCCGGGAAAUCGAGGCGGUAGUGAAUCGACAAAGGGAAGAACUGGAGUCUGUUAAAGCGGAUUCCGCCAAGGAGAUUAACAGACUACGUUCGUUGCUGCUGAAUUUCAAGGAUGGCAAUGCAAGCCUGAACGACCUGAGGACCGAACUCGAGGCACGCCAUGCUAAAGAGAUGGAGGAACUGAGGACGUACUUUGAGCGGAAAUGCCUGCAGAUGGAGAAACAGUAUUCCGAGGAAAUCUUCAGCCAGCAGUCGAAAAGGAUUUCCGAUAACGACAGCGAAACCGAGGAGCUGACGGACGACCUGUACUUCGGCGGUGCCGGCGACUGCUUGAACGUGUCCAACUCCCGCGCGGCUACACCCAGUGCCAUCGAGGAGUCCCUGAGGAGCAAGAUCCUAGACGCUGAAAGCCAAGCACGCCUCGAGACGGAAUACGAGGGCAGCAUCCAAGCAUUGCGACAGGAACUGGAACGCAAAGCGAAUGAAAUUCAGACUAUCACGGCUGAUCACGAGAGGGCGAUCGAAGAGCAGAAGGAGCUGUACGAGUGUCAAAUUCAUGAUAUCGAGACGAAGCUGGAGCACGCACUGAUCCUACCCACUGUGCACCAGUGUUGUCAGACAGAAUGGGAAGCGUUGGAGAACGGUGAAUUGUCGAGUCUGCGUGAUGCGUAUAAUCAUCAAUUAGAAGAGCAGAUCGCGCUUGCUAGACAGGACAUUAUCAACGCUCUUCAAGAACAGAUUCAGACACUAUUGACAGUGGAGGCUGACAAAGAGGAUAGUUGGCCGACUGAAUUAUUAGAGCUGCGAGAUAAAUUCACGUGCAACGCUAAGCAAGAAAUCCAGGAAUUGAAAAAGAUGCAUUGUGCUGAAUUAGCUCGUUUGAAGGACGAACACGGUUGCACUGUAACACGAAUGCUCGAGCAACAUCAAAGGGAAAUCGCCAUUCUUAAAACGGAUAAUAAGCCAGAAGUCAGUUGCGUCCGAGCAUCAGAAAAUAUCACGAAGGAAAGGGACAAUCUGUGGAAAGCGUGUGUAACCCUUAAAAAUCUAAUUGGGGAAUUGGUUAACUACUUCGCUGUCUGCGAAGAGGAAGUUAACAAUACUCUGAUCAGCGAAGUUCUGAAGAGACAAUUGACAGAAUCCGCUUUUAUCAAUGAAGAACAUUUAAGCAAGAACGACAGCAUUUUACCUGAAGCACAGCCCAAAGAUUCAUCGAGCCAACAGAUCAAGAGAGUUCACUUUGCUCCGCAGUCCAGUAAAAUAACUUCCAUCGUUAAUAGCGAUAACAAAACGUUGCAGAAUUUAGUUGACGAAAACAUAGAUGAGAUAUUUAAAAAAGAAUUGAAGGCUUGUCUGAGACGCUUGAAGUCUGAUAGCACACAAAUCCUCAACCUUUCGUUGUCUGAGCCAGACAACGAGGACAAAACUGCAUCGUCAAAUGAGAGCCUCUUAGCGAGCAACAUUAAUGAGGAGCUCACUUUGAAACUGAACCACGCUGAAGUUUUGAUAAUAAACUAUCAAGAAGAAAUAGAACGAUUAAAAUUACAUAUUUUGGAACUGCAGCGAAAGUUAAUUAGCGCGGAAAGUAAAAAGGAAGUCAUCACGGAAGGUUACGGCGAGAGCGAUCUUUCUAGGGGCGACAUGGUGUUGCAAGAUUUUUCGCAAGUGCAAGAAAAAGCUAGACAUGUGUUAUCUAAUGGUGGCGGCGACGUGUCUUAUUUGCUGCAAUUAAUAGAAGAGCUGUGCAGGCAAAAUGAUAAACUGAUAGACGACGCCAGGAAAGAGAGGGAAGAUUUGCAACAGCAGCAGGUACCUUUAGAACCUACUCCUACCCCAUACAUUCACAGGGUUUGCUGCAAAAAGGUUGAGGCAGCGGACAAGCAGUUACGAGCGACGCGGCGGUUUCUGGACGAGCAAGCGAGCGAGCGCGAGAUGGAACGAGACGAAGCUGCAAAACAAAUUCGCUUUUUGCAAGAGCAACUCAAAGAACGCGAGCGCGACAAAGAGAGAGAUAUGCGCAUCACUUCCGAGCAGUCUGAGCUAUCAUCUGAAACAACUUCAAACAUCCCUGAGCUUCAAACGACUGACAUCAAUGCAGCUGUGGAGGCUCUCGAAUCUCAGAUGAGAGAGAUGUCGUCAUUGAUGUCCGACAACGAGGCGAAGAUGUCGGAGAAGGACACCGAGUUGAAGGCUGCGGUGGACAAAAUAUGGUUCUUGCGCGAGAUCAUUACUGACUUGGAGCAGCAGCUGCAGGCCAAGAGUGAGAAGGAGGAGUCCUUGCAGAUGCAAAUCGAUCAAUUGGAAACCGUGAUAACUGCGCAGACGAAAAAUCAACAAGAAUUGGUUCAGGAGCUGGAUGCUAUUAAAUCUGGUAGCGAGAACAGACAUCUGAACGAGCAAAUUAAUCAUUUACAAGAGGAGUUGAGUAAACACAAAUUGAGUUCGGAGCACUUCAACGUCAAUUCGUCCGUCUUGAAGCAGAUUAAGGUAGAACUGCACGAGAUGCAAAAUCAAUUGGACAAGAGAAUUCGAGAGAUGGAAUCUGCGCACAUGUGCGGCUCCAAUCUAAGCUUGAGUCAGCCGAGCGAGGACGUCUCGAUCAGGGAGCAAAUCGACGCGACGAGAUGUUUGACCCCGGACGAUCCGUCCUCGCCGCCGAUGCUGCCGCUGGAUCAAGUGCUCAAGCUGAAGGACAAAAUGCUGAAACACGCACGUGCCGAAGAGGUGGCUUUCAAGCGGAUCAAGGAUCUGGAGAUGCAGCUGACAACGAUGAAAAAUCAGAAUGAGGAAUUGUUAGCGGAACAGGAGAUCCUGCACCAGACGGCGUCCGAGCAAUUGUUCCAAAUCGAGGCGAUGCGCGGUCGCUUGGAGCAGCACAAACAGAGCGCGCCUUUCGCUCAGAAACAAGCGACGUCUCGUUUAGAAUUGCAGCUACACGAAGCCACGAUGAAAUAUCAUUCCCUGGAACAGACCAUUACCGACAAAGAGAUGGAGUUGAGAGAACUGAGAGCCCAGCUUGAGAGGGUUAAUCAGAUGUUGGCGGAGAAAGAAGCGGAAAUGGAAAAUUUUGUGCAGUCGGAGAACGGCGCGCUGCAGAAGAUCGAGCGACUGAAAGAUCAAUUGAAGCUCGUUCAAGAGGAGAAGAAAAUGCUGCAGAUCAAACUGGGGACGCAGGAGCAUACUCAACUGGAAUUGCCGCAAUUGAUCGACACCAUACUGGCGGAUAAAAACGAGGAGAUUGAUCACCUAAAGGAACAACUCUCGAAAAAGGAGAAACAAUUGAAUGCCUACUCAUCGCUCGCUUUGGACGACGUGCAGCUGAGGGAGCUAACUAAGCAAGCGGAGGCCAAGAACAGCGCGCGAACGUUGAGCGACAUCCUCUCCAUUCACUCGGAAUGCGAGGAAUUCCCUGAAGCCAUUCGAGCGCCUAACGCGACACACGCGACAUUACACAAUAUCUCUAGCUUCAGAGUUUCUACGUCCGGCACGAAGAACAUACUUCACACGAACAGUCUCAAUACUUUGGAAACACCUCUAUUGGAUACGGAUAAGAUAGACACGCAAGUACCGCCGUUGGACUUGCAUUCCCAUACACACAGUUACAGCAACGGGAACGUCGGUCACUCGGAAAUGGAGUUGCAGCGUUCCGGAGAGGAGUCAAAAUCAUCAUCUCCGAAAAACAACGAUGUUAGCGAGGAUUCUCCACGAGUCGAGGAAUUACUCAAUGAAAAAGUGAAGGAGGUCGAAAACUUGUCGAAUCAGCUGCAAGCUCUGCAACAGGAGCUAGAUUCCAAGUCUGAUCUGUUGAACAAAUACGAGACGGAAUUGAUUACCUUGCAGAAACAGUAUCAGGAUUUGCAGGAUGAGUUUAAAGAAACUGUCGAAAGCUUGGCGCGCGAUAAAAAUUUCUAUAAAGGACAAUACGAGUUAGCUCAAGCGUCGGAAAGUAAAAUAAAGAAAGAUCUGGAGGAAGUAGAGAACAUCCUGAAAUUGAAGACGGACGAACUCGAGGAUCAUAAAGAUAGGAUGCAGGUAAACGAAAGGAUCAUCACGGAAUUGAAUACGGCAAACACGAAGCUGAAGAGGGAGAUCGAAGUUAAAGAGAAGGAUCAGACGAAAAGGAGCAAUUCCUUGCUGCAGAAUGCGACGCAGGAACUGCAAAGAUUCAAGGAACUCGUUAUGGACAAAGAUAUCGCCUUGGAGACUUUUCAGACGCGCAACAUCGAGAUCGAGAACGAGAACAAGCAAUUGUACGAAUUUAAGACUAAGCACGAGCGAGAGAUCGCCGAGUUGCAAAACGAGAUCCUACGGCUGACAGAUGGCUUGAAUAAUCGGGAUCAGGUUAUUCGUAAAUUGGAGGAGAUGGCGAGGCGAAUGAGCGAUGUUCAGUCGGGCACGUCCUCGCCGUCGUCCUCUAGCAACAAGGACUUGGAGAUCCAUCACCUGCAAGAGUUCCUGAAGGAGAAGGACAAGGUAAUCAGGCAGAUGAGCGAUGACAGCAAGAGCCUGCAUCGAGCAUUGGAGACGAUUCAAAACAAAAUGAAGGAAUCGGGUAAUAUUGUGGAGCUGAGAAGAAAAUUGAAGGAAGAACGCAGGGUGAACGAGGAGAUGAGAGAUACAGUGCAGAGGUUGCAGAAAGAGUUGGAGGAUGCGACGCUCCUGUGCGACGCUUCUAGGCGACGCUCACAGGACGAUAGCGAUAUCGAGGAUAUGGUUCAGCGAGAACUAAAUCUUUCCGCGCGGUUGGAUAAGCAAAUUAUGCAGGUAAUUAAGGAUGAUGAAGUCGUGGAUGGAGCAGCGACCAACGAGAAUCAAAAGACAAAUAAAGUACACAAAGACAACGAAUUAUUGAGGAGAUUGAAGGAUGAUUUAGAGGUCGAGCGAGAUAUAAUGAGACAUCAGAUCGCCGAAUACGAGGAUCGUAUCCUGCAAUUGAAGGCGGAUUUGACGGAGGAGACGAGGAAGGCAGCCAAGCUGGACAAGGAACUUGGGUCGGAGAAAAAUGUGGUGCAGUUCCUGAGGGCGCAGAUAGAAGAAUAUCGCCGGAUGAAGGAAGUAGAGCGAAUACAAGACUCUGAGUUAAUCGAGUUCUUGCAGACAAAGUUGAAAGCCUCUCUGGAGAACGAGGAGAAACUCCGUAAUGAUCUAGCGUCGAUGAGACAACAGCAGAUUAUUCUGGAUUCGCAAUUAACGUCCACGAGGAAAUUGAUAGAGAAUGAGAACGCCAACAGAAACUUGCCGAAUUUUGCUGCAACCGUGCACAAUAACGAUGAGAAAACGACGGUGAAUUUGGAGAAAAGCUGCGAACACAAUGCAGAACUACGGGAGAGUGUAAAGAGACUGGAGAACGAGAUAAGUAAAUACGAAAAGCAGUUAGAGAUUGCGAUAGAGGAACAAGAAAGACUAAUCAGCAGCUUAGCGUUAACUAACGGAUUGAAAGAAAUCCUAGAGGCGGAUCUGCGGAGAACCACGGAGGAGUUGAAGGCACGAGAAGGGGACUGUAAUUAUCUGCAGAAGCAGCUGAAGAUAUUGACGGAAAACAAGAAGCAAGUUCAAGACUGGCAAGCUGAGCUGGACGAGAACAAAGAAUUGCGCAGGGAGGUCAACAUCGCCCGGGAAGUUAGGAUAGAGCUGGAGGCCGAUAUAAAUCGUGCGAAGCAGGAACUGAAGGAGUUCUCAAAUCGGGAGUUGAAACUUGUGCGCACAAUAGAAUCCAUGAAAGAGCGAGAGACUGAGUUCAACAAAAGAUUAGCAAGUUCAAAAGAGAAAGAGAGGAGAGUUAAGGAUUUAAUUGAGAAUGUCGAGGACGUCCCUGCGAAUUUCACGCAGAAGUUUAAGGAACUGAGCGAGACAGUCGAGAAAUACGUUGUCGAGAAGAGUUAUCUCGAGGACAAAAUCGGUAAACUGAGAGUAGAUAGGGAACUGUUGACACAACGCGUAAAGUUGCUCGAGGGGCAGCUGAAGAAACUGAAAACUACACAGGCCUCGAGCCAGGAGAUGGUUCCUAUAGAGAGGUUACAACACUUCUAUGGCAAAUAUCUACGGGUGAACAGCAGACGGAAAGCGUUGGCGUAUCAGAAGAAAUACCUGCUGUGCAUCGUCGGCAGCUACCAAUAUUGCGAGGAGAACACGCUAUGCGUGCUCGCGCAAUUGACUCAAGACCAACGCUCUUACACGCGACUGCCUCACAACAGGAAGGUGCGUUUCAGGAUCGCCGUGUACGCGAUAGUCAGUAUACACAGAAUGAAAUGGUUGUUCCAACGCUGGCGAACGGGGAAACGCGUGGGUGCUAACGCUAUCAUGGGUGGUACCGAUCAAUUGAUUGAUUUGCCGCCUCUCCGGAAAACGGUAUCGAAUCAUUCUCCACCUGUGAGAGAAAGGACGACAAAUGGAGGUAGCGGUUUUAUGCUCGGGCAGUAUUACCAAGAAGUAAAAAAUUUCCAAGAGACACUUGGCUUAGGUAAGGCAGAGUCUGGUACUAGUCAUAUCAUCUCAGAAUAACAUUAUAUGUAUAUUUUUAAAAUAUGUAGAGGUUUAGCUGUACAGUGUUGACAUUACGAAUAUCCUGUUCAAGUAGUAUACCAUACAGUUCGCGUUUUUUAAAAUGCUUCAUUAACGACUUCGCGAUUUUCGAAUUUUUUUGUUUAGAUUUUAGGACAAGUAAAUGUUUUGAAACGUAAUUAAUUUUGCACCUUUGAAUAUGUAGAUUUGGACAUCUUAAAGUCUUUGUCGAAUAAUGAAAUUUAAUUACCGGUUUUUCGUUCUAUUGAAAAUCCUCGGAAAUUUAAACCCGCUUAUUCACACGUUGCACUUGAUACGCUUGCGUUUUUCAAGUCGUUGGGUCCUCGCAAUAUGAGAUUGUUCGAUCCUACUUUACUGCAUUUUUCAUUUUUGAUAAACGCGUUCUGUAUUUUGCGACUAAAUGGCAAUCGUCGUCGAUCGAUCUGCAUGGGAUUUCUAUUUCCGUUCGGCUGCACGAUUUGCAUCGCCCUAAUUAAUCAUUAAGCAAUUGGUUGGAAAAAAAAUGUAAAUUUCGUCAGCUCGACCGGAAAUAAUUGAAACUGGGCAUUUAUACGGACUCUGUAAUAGACUGCCGGUUUUUUUUAUAUAUAUUUGUAACUCAUUACCGUUUUCGUGCUAGACUUUGAUUGAUGUUGUCUUUCUCCUAUUGAUCUUGGUGAUGCAAUCUCGAAGUGUCACCUGUGUACUGCGAGAAACAUGAAUAAUGAGACGUUAUUAAUAGCAAGAAGGAUGUGUGCAUGUAAAGUAGGUUUUAGCGUUGUAAGACACAUGAGAGGCUUUUAUCGAACGUUAAGCGAAGUAAAAGCAAUUUCUGCGGUAAUAAUGCUCGGCUUGGAGCCGGCCAGACGUUGCUUUUAUUUGCGACAUAUUGUUAUUGUGUAAGUUAUAUAGAUAUAUUGUAGGUAUAUAAAUAUGUAAACCUGCGUGCCUUGUACGCCGUAAAACGCGUUCAUUAUUUAUUUACCAAUGGAUUAUAAUAAGCUUUUUAUAUAUCGCAAGUUGCAUGUCGUUUUCCCGAUGCUCCUGUAAUAAAGAAUCAAUUUUUUUAAUA